AUGGCCCGCAAGGCGUCACUAUCACUGGUGCCAGGGGGCAUGGAUGAGAGGCUGUCGCAUGCUGCCUUCGUUGAGGAGAUCGAGCUUGCCAAUGGGCGGCUGCGCUACAAGCUCAUCACGGGCUCUGGACCCGAGACGGGCUGGGUCAGCACCCGGCUUUACGGGAAGGACCUGCUCCGGCGCUUCCUGAAAGUCCGGGAAGCAGCGGCACCCGAGAAACAGCAGUGGCGCGAG